GGGAGUUCAAUCCCAAUUAGCUGACAGUCUAAUUAAUGGUGCCGGUGACUGCGCCAAAACGCGCACACAUUGGGGAUUUUUCUGCGCCCUCCACGUCCAACUUUUCCCUUUUCUCCGCUCCACGGGCUGAAUCUCGCCACCGAGGCUCCUUCUGCUCAUCACUCGGACCUUGACUUGGAUCUCCCGUGCAGUAAGCCGGACCGGGAGUCUUUUCUGUGAUGGGGGCAGCGGCGGAGGUUGGGAGCUUCGUCAACGGGUUUCUGGACAGCUUUGGCCCCGCGGGUGCAGCUCCGGCUCCCGUUGGCUCUCAUUUCGUGCUCACCCCAGCCGGGGCGGUGGACUACAACUCGGUAACCGGACUGAUGAUGGGGGGACAUGGGCAGCAGCAGGAGCACCUGGUGUCCGCGGAGAGGCUGUCCCGGAGCCUGGCGAGCCUCAGCCAUCUGAAGGGGAUUCUGAGGCGGCGGCAGCUCUACUGCAGGACCGGCUUCCACCUGGAGAUCCGUCCCGACGGCACCGUGCAGGGCACCAGGAAAGACCACAGCAGAUUCGGUAUUUUGGAGUUCAUCAGUCUGGCUGUGGGACUGGUUAGCAUCAGAGGUGUGGACAGUGGCCUUUACCUCGCCAUGAACAACAAGGGAGAACUGUACGGAUCGGAGAAACUGUCGGCCGAAUGUGUUUUUAGGGAGCAAUUCGAGGAAAACUGGUACAACACCUACUCAUCCAACAUCUAUCGACACGGAGAAAAAGGCGCAUUUUACUUUGUUGCUCUGAACAAAGACGGGACGUCUCGGGAUGGAACGAGGUCACGGCGACAUCAGAGAUUCACUCACUUCCUACCGCGGCCCGUAGACCCAGACAGAGUACCGGAACUGUACAGGGACAUACUGGGCCAGAGCUGAGACCGAGGUAGCGUUACCGUGACCUCGUCAGAGCUGGUAUGAGCUGAAAGGCUACCCAAGUGCAUCUGAUCCUGACCACUCUUGAGGGAGAUCUUGUUGGUCUGGACAAAACAGGAUUAUAAGAAGUGCACCAAAUCAACACUCCCCGGCGCUGGCAUGGAGGAAGGAAAGAUACCCUCUCUGAAGCCGACUAGGCAGGGAGUUUGAAUAGAACUGAGGAACUUCUGUGGAUGCCAUGAAGGUCCCAUGACAGACACAGGGGCCACCUAGGUCCCUAAUUUCACCCUUUGUUGUCCUAUGCAGAAGCCCUGGUGGCCAAACAGAAGAUACAAGGAUUUCCUUUGAGUUUCCACUAACUAAAUCCAACUACCUGCUCGUCCAAAUUGCAUGUUCAAGAGGACAAAAGUGUGGGAACUAAUAAAUGAGAUUAAUAACAGGCUGCUAGUAGCAAUUCCACUGUUUUCAGUAGGCCUUUUAACUUUAUUCAAAACACUACUGUGGCUGCUAAGUACACAAUUUAUUGAAAAAUGCAUAAUCCACUAUAGAGUGUGGCUGGUUUACACAAAAAGGUAGUUUUAUGCACUGGAAAGCAGCCGUGUCUGUUCUGUGAAACGGGUCUGAGAGCUGGGGGGAGGUCAUCCAAAUGGGACUGACUGCUGCGAUGGCAUGGACGGAUUCCCUUUGAAAGUGCUCCAAAGACAGACGCUGCUCAGAAAAAUAUGACUUUUCUACAAAGUGCAUGAGGAACGAGAGAAGAAGUGCUGAUCCAAUGGAGAUGUAUGAGGACUUCUUCUGUGGUGUCCUGUGGCGGAAUACUGCGUGUUCUGUUGGAACUCCAGAGACUCGUUCGAGAACCUGGUGAAGGAAUUCUGCUGUCCUCCCGCUAACGAGCACGGGACCGUCACAAACCUGUUGACAGAUUUUAUUCUUAUUUAUGAGUUUUUUGUU